AUGGCGCCGACUGUCGGAUCCUUUCUUUCCAGCGUAGGCGUGGUCGGAGCUGAGGUUGGAAGUCUGACCGACGCUUACGAGAAGAAAACGUCGCCUUCACUUUUCGUUGCGUGCUUCUCUACUAUUGGCCAAGAAGUUAUUUUACUAGAUCUUCAAAGACUUAACCAGGACACUUUGAGUGAGGAUAAAACUUUUGCAAGUCUCGGACCCGGUGGCCGUUGGGGCACUGCUAUAGCAGCUUUAGAUGCGCAGGAAGCUACCAUAAUUGGAGGACGUAUUCCAGAUGUUGGUAUUGGUGGCCUAAUCCUUGGAGAUGGCUUAUUCCGUGGCUCUGGCGAGUAUGGUCUUGCUGCAGAUAAUGUCAAGAACUUUGAGAACACAGCGAUCUUUUCUGGGCUUUAA